UUGCCCAUCUCUGUGAACAGCGAGGUGAUUCUCGCGGUGUACAUAAUAACCUUCGUGAUUGGCUUCCCAGCCAACCUCCUGGCUCUCUAUGCCUUCAGUGUCAAGAUCCAUGUCAAGGCAAAUCCAACAGACAUCCUGCUACUCAAUCUGACCGUCUCCGACCUGCUCUUCUUGAUCAUCCUUCCUCUCAAGAUGUAUGAGGCAGAUUUAGACAUGAAUUGGAAUCUGCCCCAGUUCCUGUGCUCCCUCACAGCCUUCAUCUUCUUCUCCACCAUCUACACCAGCUCCUUGUUGCUGAUGGCUGUCAGUCUAGUUCGCUACAUUGCACUCGCCUUCCCUAUCACCUAUCAUCGGCUGCACAAACCUGUGUAUGCAGUAGUGAUGGGUGCAGUCAUUUGGCUGAUCUCCUUUGCACACUGCAGUAUACCUGCCAUCGCCCUGAACCACCCAUCUCUAGCCAAAGAAACCCUUGAUGGCCAGGCCCAUGCUUGCUUUACGAACUUUACGGAGAAGCAGCUGGAUGUCCUCCUCCCGAUACGUUUGGAGGUUUUCUUUUUUCUCUGCCUUGUACCUCUUGUAAUUUGUGUUUACUGCUACGUGCAAUGCAUCUUGAUCGUGUACAGCCGCCCCAGGAUAUCCCGCAUGCAGAAGCAGAAAGCCAUCGGUAUGGCCUUGGGGACUCUGGUGACUGUCUUCUUAAUUUGCUGGGUCUCAUGGGACCGGGGGGCUCUGGAGCCCCGCCGCCCGGCUUGUUUUUUUCCGGGGAGCGAUUUUAAGGUCCCCCGCCCGCACCGCAGUCACCAGCGAGAUGAGCUCGCUCUGUGUUUCCGCCACGUGAAGACGUGA